AACAACAACCCACAUAACAACAUUAUAUAAAAUUGUGACUUCAACGGAAAUCGCAAUCAGUUUGUUGUUAUUCACUGAAACUGCAAAUAUGAAACCUCAUUUUCCAGUGCUGCUUGUGCUGCUCAUACAAAUAAUUUGUUUAGUAAAAACAAAAAAAUGCCCUAAUGGAGAUAACAUCUACGAAUGGGGAAUAAGCGCCGACGGCAAGAAAGUCGCUGUGAGCGAACAUAAUAAAUAUCGACGUGCAAUCAUGGACGGGAAGGUUCCAGGCCAACCGAAAGGGAAAAAUAUUCUCACGAUGACCUACGAUGAUGAGUUGGGAAAGAAAGGUCAACUUGUGUCAAAAACAUGCAAAAUGCAACAUGUUAUUGCUAGCGACAAUAGGUGGAGACACGUUGGUCAAAACUUGUUUAUUUCAUGGAACAGUGUUAAGUCAUGCGAUCAAAACUGGGCUGAAGCAAUCAGAUAUUGGUAUACGGAGUAUAAAUUAUAUAAAUAUCCGAAUCGACCUAGUGCAGCAACUGGCCAUUAUACUCAAUUGGUAUGGCAUGACUCAUCAAAAAUAGGCUGUGAUUUUAUUUGUUUCUAUGAUAGUACUAAACCACAAUAUCCAUACGCCAGGUUGUAUACUUGCAAUUAUGGCCCAGGUGGAAACAUUAUUGGUUUAGCUCCGUAUGCUUUAGCAUAAAAUCUCAACCAUCUAUUUACUUACCUCAAAUAUGAACAAAAUAAAUGAAUCUACGUUUGCAAUCUGAA